AUGGCGGUCCAUUUUCGCCAGAAUUAUGUUAGAAACCGCUAUCCCGACUUACCUCAAUUCAGUGGAUUUAUGAAGCCAUGUCGAUUCGAAGGAGAAGUUCAAAACGUGGAGGUUCAUGGUUCUAUUCCUCCAGAAAUCAAUGGAACAUUUUAUCGAGUGAUGCCCGACCCCCAAUUUCCUCCGUUUAUUGAGAACGAUGUGUGGUUCAACGGCGAUGGCUGUGUCAGCGCAUUCCGAAUCCACGAUGGACAAGUUGACUUCAAGCAGAGAUUCGUCCGAACGGAAAAGUUUGAACGAGAACGUGAGGCAAAUAGAGCUCUAGUUGUUUACGGUCGAAAUGUAGGCAAAUACCGAAACAAAUAUACCGAUAUUGCCGAUCUUAAGACUCGAACGACCGCCAAUACCAACAUUCUCCAUUUCAAUGGCAAGCUUUUGGCUUGUAAAGAGGAUGGAUUGCCAUAUGCCAUGGAUCCUGACACACUAGAGACACUUGGGCUUUGGGAUUUCGAGGGUCAACUCGAGAGUGCCACAUUCACUGCGCACCCUAAAUUCGACCCGGAAACAGGCGAAAUGGUUUGUUUCGGAUAUGAAGCGAAAGGAGACGGCACUCCUGAUGUGAACUACUACACCUUUGGCAGGAAUGGCAAGAUAAGAGAAAAUGUCUGGUUGGUGGCACCAGUAGUGGCCAUGAUCCAUGAUUUUGCCGUGACGAAGAAUUAUGUAGGUGUACAUCUUUCGUUUCUUGUUCAAUGGAAUCUUCCUUUUUCAAAAACUCACAAAUUGACGCAGGUAAUCUUCCCACUGAUCCCCCAAACCUGCUCACUAGAGCGUAUGAAAGCCGGGGGUGAGCACUGGCAAUGGGACCCCACGAUUCCCUGCUACUUUGGAGUUCUUCCACGCCAUGGCCCGAAGUCAGGCGAUGUCAAGAUUACCAUGGAUCUCCCAAUGAGCGAAAAGAACGUCUUCUUUUGGUGGCCAGACAAGAACGGCAAUGCUCCUGCUCCGACUGAUCUCUGCAGCCAGUUGAGUCGAGUCGUAUUCGACCCGCGCUCUGAUAAUAUGGACCUGCCGGAGCCUUUGAUAAUUGCAAAGGAAGAUGUCGAGUUCCCGCGGAUUGAUGAUCGCUUCGCCAUGAUGAGACAUAAAUAUUGUUUUAUGAACGUUAUGGAUCACAGUCUAGAGACGAACUUUGCGGCCAUUGGAGCUGUCAUGGGCGGCGGCUAUCCGCUUUUUAAUGCGCUGGGACAACUCGACCUCGGUACUGGUGAGAUGAAGAAGUACUUUGUUGGAGCCCAGUCUAUGGUUCAAGAGCCAGUGUUUAUUCCCCGAUCGAAAGCGGCAGACGAGGGCGAUGGCUACGUCAUGGCCUUGGUAAAUAGAUACGAGACGAUGUCGAGCGAUCUGGUCAUUUUGGAUGCUAGGGCAUGGGAGCUCGUUGCGGAGGUGAAAUUGCCAUUGCGGUUGCGGGCGGGCUUGCAUGGAAAUUGGGUGGACGCAAGUGACUUGGCUCGAUAG